AUGAAUAUAGCACAGUUCCGAAUAUUGCCUGCUGUGUUCUAUAGCAUUGUACUAUUUAUUUCUGUUGCUGCUAAUUUUAGGAUUACCGAAAUCCAAUGUCCGAAAAGGUGUACUUGCAUACCAGAUAUAGCUGAACAAGAUCGUCUAGUUGUAACCUGUAAGUGGUUAACAACACCAAAUGAUAAUCUUUGGGAUCAACAAUUAUUCUCGCAACUUACUCAAAAUAUUACAAAAAGUUUAAGCAUCGAGUGCGAUAAUUCUCAAAGUGAGCAACAACAACACUCAAACACAGUCACUUUUCAUGAAAAUUUACUGAGCAAAUUUCAAAAUUUGCUAAAUUUACGCUUACAGUCACGAAUUUAUUAUAAGAAUCACUUUAGAUUUGCAAACUGUUUUUCCAAAGGACAAAUGUUCCGUUCAGAGUGA